UGGAGGGAGAAGGGGCGUGGUGGGUAGUGGGCCAAGGUGGACUUCAAGGGUUUCAGGAAUGCUGAAUUAGAAAAUGACCGGUGGCUUCCAGGGGAGAUAACCUAAAAUUGCAUCAUCAGGAAUUAUUGACCAUGACUGAGACGUGGCGAUGGAUAGACUGUUGACCAUGGCAUUAAAAAAAAAAAAAAAGAAAAAAAGAAAAGACGCGGACGUUCAACAUACAUGCAGGGCCUGCAGGAAUUCCAUCAAUGAGGCUUGAAUUUAGCCAACCGACCAUAAGGUAGAGGUCAAGGGGACAUGAUUGGUCCAGACCGAAUUGCUCUUUAGGAGUUGUCUACUCAUACUUGACUGAAUUCAGAGACACAGAGCUCACGGGUGACAGAUGGCCACUGCUCUGCUAGAGUGCAGGUGAAGCUGCCUCCCAGGAAAGCCUGUCCGGUGAGACUGCUGCAGAAGAGUGAGGGACAGUUGCCGCACUCCUACCCUGGCAUCGGUAUAGACACGUACCUGCCAAAGCUACGGAGAUGGAGGCCAGAGGCCUGAGGAUGCCCUUGCUGCUCUUGCUGGUGGCCGUAGUUGUAAUGGCCAAGGUGAAUCACAUCCAAAGGUGGGGAGGCUUCAAGGAGAAGGCCUCAAGCAAGAAAAACAUGAACUCCACGCUCCAUUUCUUCAUCCAGUCCUACAACAAUGCGAGCAACGACACCUACUUGUUUCGAGUUCAGAAGCUAAUCCAAAGUCAGAUGCAGCUGAGCACAGGAGUGGAGUAUUUAGUCACCGUCAAGAUUGGUAGGACCAAAUGCAAGAAAAGCGAGGCAAGCAAUGCUUCCUGUCCUCUGCAAAGCAGCAAGCUGAAAAAGAGCCUGAUUUGCACGUCACUGAUAUACACCGUGCCCUGGGUGAACUAUUACCAGCUCUGGAACAAUUCCUGCCAGGAUAGCAAAGUGCCCAUAUAAAGAGCCCUGAUGACACUGAGAUGCCCGUGUUGUGUACUGGUUUUUAUAUAACUCUAAGAGGACUCAUGUACCUCUCUGUGGUGUACACACACAGACACACACACACACGUACACAAACACACACUCACUCUCUUUCACAACACUGACACUCAACAGCAUGCAUAGUAACAGCACCUUUAUUGACAUAUAUAUUUCCCAUUCACACUCAAUAUCUGUCUCUGAGUUUUUAUUAUUUGUGCUGCAUCUGCCAUGUCUGAAGUCACAGGCAGUUGUAAACUGCCCAGCAAGAGUCCUGAGAACUGAACUCAGGUUCUCUGCAAGAGUCUGUGUGCUUUUAACUUUUGAA